AGACACGAAAACUUUAUAUACAUUAAUCAAGUUUUUUUUUCUUUAACGAUAAUCAACUUAAUUAGCUUUGGAAUAAUCCUCUGACAACGUAUAUUCAAGAUUGGUGGCGCCGAUUUGGUUUUUAUUUAUUCACUUAGUAUUAGUACUCUGUUUUAGUUGUAUAAAUACACUCCACCAUUUGUGUCUUUAUUCCAUCAACUUCAAAGAUCUCUCUACUUUAAUUAAUCUCUUCAAUAUUGUUACAAAAAAAAAUAUAUAGUAUUAAUUAAUGGCAGGAAUCAAAGUUUUUGGCCACCCUGCUUCAACAGCCACGAGACGAGUUCUCAUCGCUUUGCACGAGAAAGAUCUUGACUUUGAGCUUGUUCAUAUCGAGCUCAAAGAUGGUGAACACAAGAAAGAGCCUUUCCUCUCCCGCAACCCUUUUGGUAAAAUUCCAGCCUUUGAAGAUGGAGACUUCAAGCUUUUCGAAUCAAGAGCAAUUACUCAAUACAUAGCUCAUGAAUACUCAGACAAAGGAAACCAACUUCUGUCACUUGGCUCCAAGAACAUGGCAAUCUUGGCCAUGGGCAUGGAGAUAGAAGCUCACGAGUUUGACUCAGUUGCUUCAAAGCUUGGCUGGGAGCAAAUCUUCAAGCAUUUCUUCGGUUUGACCACCGACCAAGCCGUUGUUGAAGCAGAAGAGCUGAAGUUAGCCAAAGUGCUUGACAACUACGAAGCUAGGCUUGGUGAGUCUAAGUAUUUGUCUUGUGAUCACUUCACUUUGGUCGAUCUUCACCAUAUCCCUGUGAUUCAAUACUUGCUUGAUACUCCAACCAAGAAGCUCUUUGAUGAACGUCCACAUGUCAGUGCUUGGGUUGCUGACAUCACUGCUAGGCCUUCUUCUCAGAAGGUCCUUUAAAUGGAUUUCACUCAAACUGUUAAUCCACACAUAUUGAAUAAGUGGCGGCGACUUCAUUGCCCAAUCCUCAUAAAUUUUCUUGUUUAUAUGUUUGUGUUUCCUCUGUUUUUUUUUUUGUGUACUUUAUUUUGGUUUCUGAAAGAUUGAUUUGAUGUAAUUUUCAAUUAUGUAUGAAUAAUGAGCCUUCAUUUUAUAAAAACA